AUGGCGGCUGCGUGCACUGAAAGCACGACUAAGCUGCAUUUUAAACAACCCAGGGAUCAAAUGCAUAGCUUAUUGCGGCGCUGCAGGGGUCGACCCAGGCUGUCAGACUCGGACCGAGCUCGUCGAAGACUUGAAUCGAGGAAGAAGUACGAUGUGAGGCGGGUUUACCUCGGAGAAUCCCAUAAGAUCUGGAGCGAACUGCGGGAGAGAAGCAGCAUGAGCGACGCUGCACUGGCUGAGUAUUUAAUUCUGCUUAACUGCACCUACGGACACAAAUACCAGCUGAAAUACUGCAAGAAGAAGAACAUGGCGGAACUGUGCAGAACUCAGAAAAAGGGUACGAAGGUGCCUUCUACCAGCUUGCAGAGCUUGUUAAGCUGGUACCAGGAGCACAGCCGAAUGUGCCCCCAUGAGCCCGAGCUGCAUGCUGUGGAGCCAUCACUGGGUCUGUCCAUCUCUGUGCUUUGGCAGUGCAGCACUAAACAUUCGUUUGUACAACAAUUCUCGUGGCCUGCUGGAGGUGACAGUGAAUCUGAGGAGGAUGACAAUGACAGUGCUGAGCAGGAGGAGGAUGGCAGAGCUGACAGGAUCACUGCAGCAGCUGUCAACACAAACACCCAGGCUACAGAUGAGGGUGACAGUACUACACCACAGGUGUCUGAAGUGGCUGAUCAGAUGUCCACCACAGUUUUCAGUCAUCUCCCAGAAACCUUUGCCAUGCAAAGCCACCCUAUCGCUUCCUCACCUUCAUUAGAAAACCAAGACAUGUGGGAGUCAGGGACAGAACGAGAAGAAGAAACGAUUAUGCCCGAGUAUGAAAAUAAAUUGGGAGAUGGUUUUCCAAGGAAAGAUAUAAGCAACUUAAAGACUGUUACUGUGGAAAGAGAUCAAGAUGAAAUAGAAGAUUUUAAGUGUGUGGUGAUCAACGUAGCUUUGAUGGACAGCUUGGUAAGGGAGGAUGGGGCGAGUCAUGUUACUGAAGAUGUGGAGGAGAACAGGGCACAACCGAUGUCUCAAGGUUUGGCUCACAUACCCUCAGCAGUGACUCCGGUUCAAGCAGACAUGUACGAAACCUCAACACAACAGAGUGUUGUGGAAAGCUGUGAGCUGCCAGAUAAGCAUAUCACAGUGCAGGGAUCCCAGCUGAUCAUAAUCACAGAUGCGGAUUACGAAGCCAUGAUGUCCGAAGGUGUUCCAGUCAACACGGGUGGCGAAGACGUGGAGGAGGUCACAUGCACAGUGAAGCAUGGCAUGUCAUACAACCAAUCAGAAACAGUCCUCCAGAACAGCAUCCCAGAAACAGACGUCACUGGUCUGAAUAAGAAAAAGCUGUUAAAGCCCAGUGAGGAAUCACACCAUCAAAGAGAGGUGCAGCGCUGUUUAAACAGGACAAAGAGGAGUCGUCGGGGUCCUGUUAUUGAGGCUGACGGCAUGCUAAAAAUGUUCCACUGUCCAUAUGAGGGCUGCAGCCAGGUGUACGUGGCCAUCAGCAGCUUUCAAAAUCAUGUGAACCUGGUACACAGAAAAGGUAGGACAAAGGUGUGUCCACACCCAGGCUGUGGGAAGAAGUUCUACCUUUCUAACCAUCUUCAUCGACAUAUGAUUAUUCAUUCAGGAGUGCGAGACUUUAUCUGCGAGACUUGUGGAAAGUCCUUCAAACGCAAGAAUCAUUUAGAGGUCCACAGACGCACUCACACAGGAGAGACACCCUUACAGUGUGAGAUCUGUGGCUAUCAGUGUCGACAGCGGGCAUCCCUCAACUGGCACAUGAAGAAGCACACGUCCGAGGCUCACUUCAGCUACACCUGCGAGCACUGUGGCAAACGCUUUGAAAAGCUUGAUAGUGUAAAGUUCCACAAGCUCAAAAGCCACCCAGAUAAAGAACCUGCCUGAGAGAGACAG